AUGCGUCUGCUGUGUUCUCUGGUUCUGCCUCUGGCUCUGCUGCAUGCGUCCACCGCUCUGCUGCUGGGAGCCUUCAACAUCAAGACCUUCGGGGACACCAAGGCCUCCAACACCACUCUGAUGAACAUCAUCAGCACGAUUGUCCACCGCUAUGACAUCGUUCUGAUCCAGGAGGUCAGAGACAGCGAUCUGUCAGCGACCAAGAAGCUCAUGGAGCACGUCAACAAAAACUCUGCUCAGUUCAGUUACAUCGUCAGCGAGCCUCUGGGUCGCAGCACCUACACGGAGAGAUAUCUCUUCCUCUACAGGCAUCAGACAGUGUCGGUGCUGAAAAACUACACCUACGAUGACGGCUGUGAGUCCUGCGGGACCGACACCUUCAACAGAGAGCCUUUUGUCGUCCUGUUCUCCUCCAAAGACACCGCUGUGCAGAACUUUGCUCUGAUCCCUCAGCACACCUCCCCAGAGGCUGCCGUGGAGGAGCUGGGGGCUCUCUAUGAUGUGACGGUGGACGUCCGCAAACGCUGGAGCACCAACAACCUGGUGCUGCUGGGCGACUUCAACGCAGGCUGCAGCUACGUGUCGGGCUCCGACUGGGACAAGAUCAAGAUCUUCACCGACAAGAGCUUCCACUGGCUGAUCCCCGACGACGCCGACACCACCGUGUCUCACACCUCCUGCCCUUACGACAGGAUCGUGGUCACCAGCGACAUGAUGAAGGGAGUGGUGGCGGGCAGCGCUGAGGUCUACGACUACAUGACGGACCUGAAACUCAGCCACAGUCUGGCUUUGGCUGUGAGUGAUCAUUACCCUGUGGAGGUGACGCUGGCUUGAGCUCCUGCUGCCUGAAACUCCCCAAAGGCCUCCAGACUCCAGAAC